GGACGUAACCCGGGGCUUGGGGGUUUCGAGGGAGGAACCGUGCGGUCCAGUCCAGACCCAGAUGUGAAACACUAAGACCCCUGCAGCAUGGACAGACGGCAGCAUUAAGCAUCACUGGUUGGCCCAGAAGCCCCCUCAGCGCCCCGGGCAUGGCAGCCCUGAUUGUGGAGAACUUCCGCUUCCUCUCGCUCUUCUUCAAGAGCAAGGAUGUGAUGAUUUUUAACGGGCUGGUGGCCCUGGGCACGGUGGGCAGCCAGGAGCUGUUCUCCGUGGUGGCUUUCCACUGCCCCUGUUCCCCGGCCCGCAACUACCUCUACGGGCUGACGGCCAUCGGGGUGCCCGCCCUGGCCCUCUUCAUAAUCGGUAUCAUCCUCAGCAACCACACGUGGAACCUGGUGGCCGAAUGCCAGCUCCGCCGAGCCAAGAACUGCUCCGCCGCCCCCAGCUUUCUCCUCUUCAGCUCCAUCCUGGGCCGGGCCGCCGUGGCUCCCGUCACCUGGUCGGUCAUCUCGCUGCUGCGGGGGGAGGCGUACGUCUGUGCCCUGAGCGAGUUCGUGGACCCCUCCUCUCUGAGCGUGGGGGCUCGGGGCUUCCCGCCCGGCCACGCGCCAGAGAUCCUGGCCCGUUUCCCCUGUGGGGAGGCCCCCGCCAACCUGUCGGGCUCGCAGGCGGAGGUGGUCCGCGGGCUCAAGUACGAGUCCCAGCUGUUCGGCUGGCUGCUCAUCGGCGUGGUGGCCAUCCUGGUCUUCCUCACCAAGUGCCUGAAGCACUGCUGCUCGCCACUCAGCUAUCGGCAGGAGGCCUAUUGGACCCAGUACCGCUCCAACGAGGCCCAGCUCUUCCAGCGCACGGCCGAGGUGCACUCGCGCGUCCUGGCCGCCAACAACGUCCGCCGCUUCUUUGGCUUCGUGGCCCUUGACAAGGAAGACAAGGAGCUGGUGCGGGAGUUCCCGGUGGAGGGGGUCCAGCCGCGGCCCCAGUGGAACGCCAUCACCGGAGUCUACCUGUACCGCGAGAACCAAGGCUCGCCACUCUACAGCCGCCUGCACAAGUGGGCGCAGGGCAUGGCGGGCAACGGGACGCCACGGGACAACCUGGAGACGGCUUUCCUCACCAUCUAGGAGCUGCCGGGGCUCAGCACACCACUGGCCCCUCUGCCAAUCGGUUGUAUUUAUUGAGCACUUACUAUGUGCCGAUCCUCCUCGGACUCAAAUUUCCCCUUUUUAGAGUACUGGCGGCCACCUCCACAGGCAGACCGUCUGCUUCGCUGCCCACAGGGCAUGAGACACCUCUAACCCCACUCCUCUAAGACACCAG